AUGUUCCUCCACAGGCUGCGAGGCUUCAACUUGGGUCAUGGCGCUGCGACCUGUAGCGGUGUGCCCCGUCAAAACCAAAUUCCGUUCACGCCUUUGACUCAGUCCGUAGCCACUCAACUUUUCUUGGAGAUCAAAAGGUACUUUAGACAUGAUAGCGUUGAGCUUUACAAAAAGGCCGAGGCGCAGAGAAACAAGGGUGUCAUUUCCGGCUCAUCAAUAGUUGAUAUCAAUGAGAACCACAGUACCAUUGAGAACUUUGCACGACUGAACGGCGUCACUAAAGGCGGUCGCACCAUGUUGCCCCAUAACCCGCCAAGGAGCGCUCACUCGGCUAUGUGGUUAUUGGAGCCAAUGAGUACUAUACUUCCAAGAAGUGCCCAUCCUGUGAAAACUUUGUCGGGCAAGUGGAGAUUCGUCGCUUAUAUUGCAUACAUAUUCCUACCGCGAUGUAAUGGCGGCGCAUAA